AUGAGCUUCACAAAGACGCCCAGCCUGCCCUCAGCUUCCACUCAGCUCCGACCUCUCAGCGUAUCGAAGAUGGUAGUGUACGCUCGUGGAAACCAUUGUGACCGAAUUCAUUGGGGGUUGCACGAAGUCACGAGGAUCUCUGUAAUACCAACGUCGAGCAACGGAGAUUUGGCGGAUUCGCUCUUUGAAGCCACGGUCUUCACCAAGGCAACGUUAUCCCUUCCUUUCCCUCAUAUUCCGGCUUAUCGCAAAGAAAAACAAUUUGCCGACUUUGAAACCCUGCGCGCAGCCAUUUGUCGUGCCGUGGACGUGACUCACUUGCUGUCGCGCUGCAGAUUCUGCAAAGCGAUACAAGCGCACUGCGCUAACAGCUCUCUCGAAAAGCAAGACGACAAGACUCACCUCGCUCUAGAGCAGCUCAUGAACGACAUCGUUGCGCUUCUUGUUCCUCUUCGCUGCUCGCUUAAAAAGCGCGUGUGCUGCGGAAAGCUGCAGUGCUGGCACCUCCUAUCCCGAUUUCUUUGUCAAGAGCCGGGGCUCUACGAGUGUUGGUCGGCUGCGGGCGUCGAGAUGUCGGUCGUGUCAUCUGACGAUCAGGUCAGGUUCAUGAUUGAUAAUGACUCGCAUUUUUCGUCCACUUCAGAAUUGGCUUCGUCCGGCUCAUAUUUUCCAGCCAUGCAGACGCAAAAGCAAGAAAAGACUCGUUCACCUUCACGAGGCAGCAGCCUCAGCGCUGUGUCGAGUAUCUCAGCAGCAAAACCGGCGUCAAGUGCCUCCGCCUCCCAGCGUCGUCAGCUGACACUUCACGAGGUCGAAAGUUUGAUUGUUUCCACUGCCGCAUCGCGCCGUCAAGGCACUACGUACUACACACUGGAAGUGUAUACCGGCACGUCGACCCCCAUCGAUGUACAUUCAAAGCUAAGCGGUAGUGAAGCGGCUCGGCAACCAGCCUACAAGGUUGACAAGACGCAAGUGGACUUUCUUACUUUCCGUCAGGCGCUUUACAGCGCGUCCCACUUGGCACACACGUCAGUCUCCUGUGAGUUUUGCAAGGAGAUGAUGAUGUACACUGGUCUUGACAGCGGGGACACAAAGUUCGGGAGCAGCGUGCUACGGCGACUCGUUGGUCGUGAAAAGAUAAGUCGGUCGCUGCAGCAGUUCGUGGACGGUGUUGUUGACAUCCUCAUCCACUUUGCCUGCAUUGAGGGAACGCCGUGGUGCUCAGGCCAAGUCCAAAGUCAUCAAGUCAUGCGUCAAUUUCUCCUGCCUCGUGCUUUGGACAGCUAA